AUGAACGGACAUGCCAAUGGCUAUGACGGUCAGUGGCUCUCGCGACACGCCAAUGGGUCGAGAGGGAGCGAGCAGAGCAGCCCCGAGGAUGCGCAAAGCCAGGCGCCAAGUCUGACGACGGGGUCGACGUCGCCGUCCAUCGACAGCCUCGAGUCGAUUCAGGAUCUGCACUUGCGGAGCCAGAUGCACAAGGGAUCAAGCCUGAUGAAAACGACCCUUUCGAAGAAGGGCCUUCAGCAGCAGCCACCGACUUCUUUCGACAGCUCGCAGGACGGUACAGUGCUGCUGCACAGCGAGUAUGGGUAUUGCGCCAAUCAAGAGUUCCGUCAUGUGUCAGAGCAUCGCAAGGGCUCGUCACUACCCAGCCCGAUUGAGGAGGAGCCAAGCUAUUUUAUCGUCCUGACGACCUACUUUUCUUACCUCAUCCUCAUCGUCUUUGGCCACAUGCGGGACUUUUUCGGCAAGCGCCUGUUCCCCAAGGCCUACCGCCACCUCAUGGAGGGCAACGGCUAUGCAGCUCUCAACUCGGACUUUGACAGCUUCUACACGCGCCGACUAAAGGCCAGGCUCGACGACUGCUUCUCGCGUCCCGUCACUGGCGUCUGCGGACGAACAGUGUUGACGCUCGACCGCACCUCGGACGACUUCUACCAAUCUUUCCGGUUCACUGGCGAGAAGACGAGGGCGCUCAACAUCAGUGCAUACAACUACCUCGGAUUUGCUCAAUCGCACGGCGGUUGCGCAGAUGCUGUCUUUGAAUCGCUGAAGCGCUACGGGGUUAGCUCCUUUGGAUCCAGGCUCGGAGCCGGCUCUCUGGACCUCCAGACGCAGGCAGAGAAGCUUGUUUCGCGCUUCGUCGGAUGCGAGGACAGCAUCGUCGUCUCAAUGGGUUUCGCCACGAACUCGUCCACAAUUCCUGCCGUGGCUGCGCCCGGCACCCUCAUUAUCUCCGACGAAUUCAACCAUACCUCGAUUCGAUUCGGUGCUCGUCUUAGCGGCGCUCAUAUUCGACAGUACAAGCACAACGAUAUGAGGCAGCUCGAAAGCCUUCUGCGCGAGUGCAUUUCUCAGGGCAUGCCUCGGACGCACAGGCCCUGGAAGAAGAUCCUCCUCGUCGUCGAAGGUCUCUAUUCCAUGGAGGGGACCCUGGUCAACCUGCCGGAGCUCAUUAGGCUCAAGGAAAAGUACAAGUUCUUCCUCUAUGUCGACGAGGCUCACUCCAUCGGCGCUAUUGGUCCUCGAGGCCGCGGCGUUUGCGAUUACUUUGGUAUUGACCCCAAGCGAGUCGAUAUCCUGAUGGGAACCUUUACCAAGUCGUUUGGUGCCGCUGGCGGCUACAUUGCCGGCUCAAAGGCCCUCAUCGACCGCGUUCGCCUUACCAACCACUCCAACGUCUACGGCGAAACGCUCUCGCCACCUGUUCUCACCCAGGUCAUCACUAGCAUGGCCAGCAUCAUGGGUGUUGGCAACAAUGAAGAGGAGAAGGCGUUGGUGCCAACGUGGGUGGAUCUGCCCCCUCGCAUGUCUGAUGGCUCAGAGGGACGAGAACGUCUUCGAAGGCUGGCCUUCAACGCUCGCUACCUCUCUAGCGGUCUUCGAAAGUUGGGCUUCAUCAUCUACGGGCACCGCGAUUCUCCCAUCGUGCCCCUCCUCAUCUUCCACCCGGCCAAGAUGCCCCUCUUUUCGCGCAUGAUGCUCGAUCGCCAGUUGAGCCUGCCGCCCUCGGAACGAUGGGCGAAAGAUGCAUCGGAGAUUAGGGAAGAAGAGACAAAGGCGCUCAGCGACCCAAACUACGCCGCUUCCCUCGAUCGAGCUUGCCGGCCACCGAUCGUCGUUGUCGUCGUCGCCUAUCCCGCCACGCCUCUCAUCUCGUCCCGCGUCCGCUUCUGCGUCUCUGCCGCGCACACCGUCGAGGACAUGCAAAAUGUUAUGCGGGCUACUGACGAGAUUGGCUCGCUGCUUGGCAUGAAGUACGGUUCAGGUGGCGCGGGCGGUACGUGGGAGAUCGACGAGGUCAUCGCCCGGCCUGUUGACUUGGUCAAGUGGGACGGCGAGUCACCUCUCGAGUCUAGAAGGUCCUGA